CAACAUUUCUUUGGGCAGUUUGAGAUAACAUUGGAGAUGUGUCGGUCUUCACUUACAGCUCUCUGCCCAUCAAUCAUUACUCUCCGUAUAUAUAGUUGGGAUACUGUUGCGUUCACAGCGCGCUCUGCUCACCCGUCCUAAGGGAUGUGAUCGAUCGUCGGCUUCUUUGCAGUACGAGAGAGUGGAUUUCCACUCAAAAAGGAUUCCUCUUUGGGUCGGAUCACGAGGAAUCAAUGCACCUUUCCGCAUUUAUGCCCUCUCUCUGUCUCUACCUAUCUUCAUCUUUCAACGACCCUUCGUGAACUGAGAACGGAGAGAUUGAUCGGGUGUCUCGUGGAGAAGAUCGGGAAACGAGGCGCCUUUUUGGAUUCAUCUCCGACUCCCGGGCUCCGAGCGCGCGAGCUUUCCGCCAGAGUUCGUACCAAAGGUUGGUUUUGUUGUGGGUGGGCCAUUUCGAUCUUUCUCGAUCAGUGACAUGGCAGAAGGAAGGGUUUUCUCUAACUUUGUUGAUUGAUUUCGACGGGGAUUUUUUGUCCUGGAGAUCUGUACCUAUCGGUUUCUUCUCAAUUUUGUUGAAAGAUCGGAUCCUUUUCAUCGGUUCUGCAAGGAAAACGUUUUUGUCGAACAAAGCCUGCAACUAUUCUCGUUUCUGUGGGCAAGAUCCGAUGCAUUGUACGAGGAGUGUCGUCGUUUCUCUUGGUGAAUCCGAUGGAGAUAGUUGGAUCUCGAUGAAUCUCAGAAUCCAGCCUCUGUGACUUCAUCUCUUUGAUCGAUUUCCCUGGGAAGAAAAUUUUCCUUUUUUUUCUCGUCAUCUUACUGGAUGUGUAGUUCAAUGCACAUUUGCCAAAACCAAAGUUUACUUCUCCGCUCACGUUGUUCAUUUGAGAAAAUAAUCUCUCUCUCUCUAUUGUAUGAUUGAUUAGAUCUCUGGAGACUCAAUUUUGCUCAGUCUAAAUGAGUUUGAUUUCCAGGAAAUUUUAUUUUUGAAGUCUCUGGUGAUCCAUACCAUGGCUCACUGCACAAAACUCGAAUUUUCUGGUCUGGUUCUGCCUAUUUCAGCAUAUUUGGUUCAUCUCGUUGAGGUUUCUCGAUCUACUUCCUCGUGAACAAUUCUGAUCUCUGAAAUUUUAUGUGCAAGUCAGUUCUGAUAGAUCACUGUCUUUAGUCUUUUCUGUUCAAAUACCACUAGUUAUUACUUGAUUCCCAUAAUGUGGUUGGAGGAUAUGAUCUUUUAGCAUAGGAAAUGCUGAAAUCAGCAAUCACUUUGCUCUGUUAGAAAUCCACAUCUGGUUUUGUGUCAUGCUCCUCUGUUUCACUUCAAUUCUCUACUGUGGGUUGCAUUCAUAUAAGCUGUUCUCUUCUCGCCUCUUCUCUGAAAUGAAAUAUACUCUGUGAAAAUUAUAAAUUCCAUCAUGGCAAUCUGUUCUUAUUUUUCACAUCCUAAGGAUGACUCCGUUUGUCACUCGGAGAACUUGUGAGGUCGUCCAGUCUUUCUGUUUCCUAAAAGCCAUUAUCUCGGUAAUACCUCCUUGCCUUAAAUUUUAUCCGGGAUUGGAAUCAUCUCAUAAAAAAACUGCUUGCUUGUACCUGAUUCGCUGGACAAUUUUGAAAGAACAAAAUUUGCUUGAUAUUUGUGUGUUCUGGAGCCAUCACACAACUGAUAUAUCAUACUAGUUGCUUUAGAACAUCUACACCUUUGAUGGUGGAACAAUUAGAGAAUAACUAAGGAGAACCUGCCCUGGUCCCGAAGCUCGAUCAGCUUUCUUGUUCAUGCUAGCAUUGAUUGCUAUUCAUACUCAGAUGCUAAUUCAUUGAGUAUCCAAAUGUUUUCUCCUUUCCUGCAGAGUAAUGUGCUUUAGAAUUGCAACAAAUGGCUUCGUUGGUCCCGGGUGUCCUUAUCAAGCUCCUUCAGCACAUGAACACCGAUGUUAAGAUUGCUGGAGAGCAUCGGUCGUCCCUCCUCCAGGUUGUGAGUAUUGUUCCUGCCCUAGCUGGAAGUGAUCUCUUCACCAACAGAGGCUUUUAUCUGAAGGUCUCUGAUUCUUCCCAUGCAACAUAUGUUUCCCUGCCUGAUGAGCACAAUGACCUUAUCUUAAGUGAUCAGAUCCAACUAGGCCAAUUCAUUCAUGUUGACUGUCUUGAGGCAGGCUCCCCUGUGCCCAUUCUUAAGGGUGCGAGGCCACUUCCUGGUCGUCAUCCAUGUGUCGGGAACCCUGAGGAUCUCGUAGCCACCAGUUCUCUUGGUUUCCUCAAUCCUGAGAAACCAAAGUCAUCCAAUUACUCAAAGCAUAACAGCAACAAAUCUUCAGAAAAUGACAGGAGCAAGUUGGGCAACUCAAAGUUACCUAUUAAAAUGCAGGAGGUAGAAAAGAAAAGGGCUUCACUUAGCAGGUCAAGCUCUUUACUUUCAAAACAAUUGGUCACUGGCAAACUGGAAAAGAAGGUUUCUAUCAGUGUGAGAUCAAAAUCAAUGCACUUGAGGUCAAUGCCUUCAUCUCCAACAAGUGUCUAUUCUUUGCCUGGAUCAUUUGAGAUGUUCUCCAGUGAAAUCAAGAAGCAAGCACAAGCCAAAAGACUGGAGAAACCCACAUUAUCAAGGGUGGGUUUGUUGGAGAAGGCAGCGUCUGUCUUGAAAGUGACCAGUGCUGGAAGGAAGUCCUCUGCCAGGAGCUUACAGGGAAAUAUGGUGCCAAGCAUUGGGUUAGUGCCAAAGGCAUUGAGGAAGAGCUGGGAGGGGAAUGUGGAGGUAAAGAGAAGGGGUAGUUCUAUCACCAAAAUAGCCAAGCUCGAGAUGAGAACUGAAUCCAGGAGUGCUUCUGCUCCUCGACAGAGGUCAUCAAUGAAUGAGAAACUGCUACUUAAGGAGGAUUGCAAGAUUCAAAGUCCUGUUAACAAAGACAUCACAAGUGCUGCUGAAGAUGAUUCUGAGAAAUCAGCUAAACAUAAGACUUCUGUUGUAAAGAAGUCGCCAAAGUCUUGUAACAGUCUAAAUCUUGCUAAUUUAGUCAAAGUUGUUCCUACUAACAGAAAAUGGACAGACGGCAGCAUAUCAUGGGCAUCACUUCCAUCAUCUCUAGUAAAACUAGGAAAGGAGCUUUUGAAGUAUAAGGAUGCAGCACAACUUGCUGCUGUUGAGGCUAUACAAGAAGCUUCUGCUUCGGAGAGCUUAAUUCGGUGCUUAAGUAUGUAUGCAGAGCUAAGUACCUGCGCCAAGGAGGAGAGGCCGCAGUCAGCCGUUGAGCAGUUCCUCGCCCUCCACGCCUCCCUCUGCAGCGCCACCGCCGUCGCUGACUCGCUCUCCAAGACCAUACCAGCAUCCCCGAAGGUAAGCUCACCGGAUGCACCCUCGGUCGGGGACCAGAUCCCCGAAGAAGCCCUGAGAGUCUCCGCUAAGAACCGCCGCCGCGCCGCAUCCUGGGUUGGCGCGGCCCUCGCCACCGACCUCUCCCCCUUCUCCCUCUACAACCGCAGGACCUCCGCUGACUCCAUAGUCUCUCCGUCGGUGGUGGUCCUUGACGGUCCAGCAAAGACCUCCGCGGCCGCUGCGGCCCCCUCGAAGGCCUGCCAUCAGUCGAAACCCCGGCCGUGCCCGGCGUCUUCAUCGGCUGCCAAGGGGAGGGCCCGGGGGGCGGCGCCACCGUCGCCGCCGCCGGAGUGGGAGCGCGGGGUAGGGAUGGAGGAUGGGGCGGAGCUGGCGCGGCAGCUGAGGGAGGAGGCGCACUCGUGGUUCCUGGGGUUCGUGGAGAGGUUCCUCGACGCCGACGCGGCCGCGCCGGGGCCCUCCGACCGGGAGCAGGUGGCGGCGAUGCUGUCGCAGCUGAAGAAGGUGAACGACUGGCUGGAGGCGAUCGGCCAUCGGAGGAGGGAGGGGGAGGCGGAGGCAGACGCGGAGGUAGACGAAGCUGAGCACGGGGAGGGCCCCGGCGGAGGCGUGCCGGUGGAGACAAUCGAUCGGCUGAGGAAGAAGAUAUACGAGUACCUCCUCACCCACGUCGAGUCCGCCGCCGUCGCGCUCGGCGGCGGGGUGCAGCCGUCGCCACUGGACGGAGGUCGGCCGGUUCAGUCCAAAUGACGGAUCUGGGCCUGCGUGAAUCACAAAGCAGCCGUUCCAUCGUCCGCCGGGGUCCGUUCCUGCACGCAUCACGAAGCAUGUUACUUUCCUUUGGUUCGUAGAAUACGUGUUUGAAUUCUAUUGCGUGGGCGGGGCAAACCGUGUUGCAGAGGAGAGGCUGGUCAUCAUUCAUCAUUGGAUUUCUUGUUCUAUAUGUUGGGACGCAGAACAUAUCUGUAAUAAGUCCCUUUUUUUCCUUUUUAUUUAUCCGUGGCAUUUGUGACUAUUGAAGGCUUUCACAUCAGAAGCAAAACAUGCACGAGAGCAGCUGCAUGUUUGGUCAUCUUA